UCCCGAACACGAUGACUUUACGACUCAAAACCAAAAACCCAGAUCGCACCCUUUCCUUUUCAUUUCAGUAGUUUAUUAAAUAAAAAAAAUAAUCUAAUUCAUCCCUGUUAGGACGUUUCCCUUUUUUCCUUCUGUUGUCGAUCCUUCAGUGAUGCCAUUAAAGCUCUAAACUAUAACACCAUCACAACAGCUAUAGAUCGGGCUGCGAUUCAUCUUCUUUCUCCAUUAAUUCUUAGCUGAAAAUUGAGCAUGAGUGAAAGAAAAUGAGGUGGUUUGAGAAGUUGUGCAGGUGUUGUUGGCUUCAGGAGUCAUAACUAAGACUAGCAUAUUGAUAGUUUGGGGAGGAAAAGAUGCACAUUGUGAAGGGUGUGGCGAAUCUCAUUAGAGGUUCAUCAGGAAGCAACCAGUCAGGUUUUACUUUGCAAUCGGAGCGUUUUACUCUCCCUGCUCAGAAUGUUCGCUUUAGUGAGCUUGGCGGUGAAUCUAUACUAAAAGACAUCUGGGAGAAAUUCGAAUAUACCGUGGAUAAGGUGGAAAAGAGAAAGUUAUUUUAUGUAUUCCUCAAGCAGUUUCUUGAUGUGCACAACAAGUGGGAGCCUAUAAUCACUGGAGAAUGUACUGAGGAGACCUUGUCUACCGUCUCAAAUGUUGAGCAUUUCUUUCAAUCUGGUGACACAGUUGUUGGCUGUUUUGUUGGACAUCCAACCGAGUUUAUAGUAGCUCUUAUUAAUGAAAUAGCACAAAUGAUUUCCAUUGUCACCGAGUUAGACACUGGAUCUUUGAAGUCUACUUCUGAUCCUUUAAUUGUCGCGACAAGUUUGAAGAUUACUUCAGAAGGGAUACCUGUUCUUGAAGCUUUGAUGAUUGUUGUCCGUUCUGUGCAUAACUGCAGAGUUUUAGGCUACCAUGGUGGGAUACAAAAGCUUAUUGGGUUAAUUAAAGCAACUGUUGUCCAAUUGAAGGCAAUUGCUGGAACUCUUUCUGGAGAUGACACUUUGCCUGAUGUUGUUCUGGAUACAUUUGAGCUGUUGCAGAAGCUACUUAUACAUGUGGUGUCAAUACUUUGCAGCUUCAUGGACUUGAAUUCAGAUGCUUAUGAGAUGGCAAAUCUUUACCGCAAAAUUAUACUAUCAUUACCAAGUGGUAGUGCGUCAAUGAUAGAUCCAUCCAGCACUUUUAAAGUUCAUCGUGGAAAAAUGCACUUAUGGAAGCAGACAGCCAUUGUGUCAGUUAUGGAAGCUGGUGGUCUCAAUUGGUUAGUAGAGUUGCUUCGUGUCAUGAGAAGGUUUAGCAUAAAAGAACAGUGGACGAAUCUGUCACUUCGUUAUUUAACCUUAAGAGCUCUUCAUUCAGCCUUAUCUGAAAAUUCUCGUGCCCAGAAUCAUUUUAGAAGCAUUGGAGGACUUGAAGUUUUAUUAGAUGGGCUUGGUCUUCCAUCGCCCAAUGCAUUGGCAUCACAAACAACCAAUGUUUUGAUGAAACAAAGGUAUGAAAAUAUUCUACUGACCUUAUUUCAGCUUCAUGUUCUUUCUUUGGAGGUUCUUAGAGAAGCAGUUUUUGGAAAUGUGAACAACUUGCAAUUCUUGUGUGAGGAUGGAAGAGUGCAUAAAUUUGCAAACAGCUUCUGCACUCCUGCUUUUGCACUAUAUGAUUUUGAGCAACGGAAGGAGGAACUUUGUGUUGAAGAUGAUUUGGGAAAUUUAGCUUCCACUUCAAAGCAUAAAAUUGAUGAGAAAGUAUGGAGAAAAGAGUCUUCAAUAGCAUUGUCUGCAGGAGAAUUUAUCAAAUAUUGGCAUCAUUAUGCAUUGACAUUGAGUCAGAGUUUAUGUUCGUUCAUUGUUGCUUUAGAAGACACUAAAUGUGACAGUGUUGAAAGAUUGCCAGUUUCUUCAUUGUUUUCCGAAAUUUCAGUUAGAUGGAUCCUAAGGGUUUUUCUGAUUGUCUUUCCUUGCAUCAAGGCUUACUCAAAUCAAGAUGACCUACCUACUUAUUUAAGAACGUUUGUAUGGAUCUUACAGCAUCAAGUUCUGCGAGCAUUAAGGCAGGCUUUGAUUUCCUUACCAAUGUUGCUUGAAGUGUUACGAACAGAACGAAUUUGGGAACUUGUCUUCUCAGAGAACUUCUUUUUUGGAGCAGCUUCACAAGACUUUUUUGUUGAUUGCUCUGCAACGAACCUUUCUUACUUAUCAUCUAUCUCCAGUGGAAAUAAUAAUCAAUUACAAGUUCCCGUAGCAGUAAAUCUCCAAUUGGAAAUUAUCUCAUUUGUUGAGUUAUCUGCAACUCUUUCGGAGAAUGCACAUAAUUUGCCAGAGUGCUCAGCUUUGUUAGAUGCGCUUGAGCAUUCUGCUAGCAAUUGGGAGAUUGCGACUUUGCUUUCAAACAGUCUGCUUCAAAUAUUGCAACGUGCACCAGAAAAAACACUUGUAUCUUUCAAGGAGCUUAAUGCAAUGACCCGAUUGCUCAAAGUUGCUUGCAUUCAAGCUCAAGACACAACCUCUACUGAAAAAGAGAUAAUUAUGGAGGAUACCCCAUCUGAAGGUGGUAACACUUCAUCAUUACACAAAUUGAAUCGGCGAAUGGGAGCAUCUGUGGAGCUCUUGAAGGCAUACUUUUGUACUGCAGAUGAUGCAAAAUUUUUGUUGUUACAUAAUGUAGAGUGCAUCAAUUGUUUGUUUGAUUUAUUCUGGUAUAAGGAUUUAAGAAGUCUUAUGCUUGGAUAUAUUCUCAAUCUGAUGAAGGUGGCUUCUAUAUCUCAGGAUGAUCAAACAGCAAAGUUGCAGCUGUGUUCUCGGUACUUGCAAACUUUUACUCAGGUGAAAGAGAUGGAAAAUGAUUUUACUGAAGUGUCAAUUGAGCUUUUGACCGGCAUGAGAGAGAUGUUGCGGAUGGAUCAAGUGCACUAUCAGGAACUGUUUCGCGAUGCAGAAUGUUUUGUUCAUGUUGUUUCCUUACUCAAUGGAGUUGUGGAUACCGUGAAUGCGGAGAGAUUGAUCCUUGAUGUGCUCCAAACGCUGACGAGUCUGCUUUCCAAUAAUGAUGUUUCAAAGGCCUUGUUCAGAGAUCUUGUGGGGAAGGGUUAUCAGACUUUGCAAAGUUUGUUGCUGGAUUACUUUCAUGGACAUGCUAGUGAGUACCUUUUAAAUUCAAUACUUGACAUGGUUGUGGAUGGCAAGUUUGAUGUAAAAGGAAACCCUUCGAUAAAAAAUGAAGAUGCAAUAAUUCUCUAUUUGAGUCUCCUACAAGAGAGCAGUGAUUCCAUGCAGCUAGAGGGGCUUAAUAUUUUUCUUCAGCUACUGAGGGAUUCCAUAUCCAAUCGAGCAUCCUGUGUGAGUGCUGGAAUGCUCAAUUUUCUGCUUGAUUGGUUCUCACAAGAAGACAACAAUAAUGUCAUCUUGAGAAUUGCCCAGCUUAUUCAAGUGAUUGGUUGCCAUAGUAUAUCAGGGAAGGAUAUCCGCAAAAUAUUUAUGCUUCUUAGAAGUGAAAAAGUUGGGAAGCAUCAGCAGUAUUGUUCUUUAUUAAUGACUUGCAUUUUGGCAAUGCUGAAUGAAAAAGGACCAACUUCAUUUUUCGACCUCGUUGGCAGUGACUCGGGAAUCAUACUCAGAACGCCUUUGCAGUGGCCUCUUAACAGGGGCUUUACUUUCUCUUGUUGGCUUAGGGUAGAGAACUUUCCCAGAAGUGGAACUAUGGGAAUCUUUUCCUUCCUUACUGAAAAUGGGAGAGGUUGCUUUUCUGUACUUUCCAAGGACAAGCUCAUUUAUGAGACUGUUAACCAGAAGAGACAUGGCGUAUCACUUAAUGUCAGUCUCAAUAAGAAGAAAUGGCAUUAUCUUUGCAUAACUCAUAGUAUUGGCAGAGCAUUCUCCGGGGGAAGCCAGUUAAGAUGUUAUCUGGAUGGCAAUAUUGUAUCUUCUGAAAGAUGCAGAUAUCCAAAAGUUCAUGAUCCCUUGACAAAAUGUGCAAUUGGUGCUAAGAUUCUUCUUCCUUUCAACGAUGAAGAAAAUGCUUCUGUGUCCACGAAAGAUAUCUCACCAUUUCUUGGUCAGGUGGGCCCAAUCUAUCUAUUUAAUGACGCCAUCACUCUGGAGCAAGUAGUGGGUAUCUAUUCCUUGGGUCCAAGUUACAUGUACUCAUUUCUUGAUAAUGAUUAUGCACUGUCAUCUGAUAAUCCCUUGCCUGGUGGAAUUUUUGAUGCAAAAGAUGGUCUUGCACCCAAAAUAGUUUUUGGACUCAAUGCACAGGCAAGUAACAAAAGAUUGUUGUACAAUGUUGCACCCCAAAUGGAGCAUGUUGUUGAAAGGAACCAGUUUGAAGCUACCGUUUUGGCAGGCACGCAACUUUGUUCUCGGCGUUUGCUACAACAGAUCAUUUACUGUGUCGGAGGCAUAUCUGUAUUUUUUCCUCUGUUUACUCAAUCUCACUGGUAUAAAAAUGAAGAACAAGUUGAUGACAGAAGUCCAUUGCUUAUAUCUAUCAAAAAAGAGCGUCUCACAGCAGAAGUUAUUGAACUUAUAGCCUCUGUUCUAGAUGAAAAUGUCGCAAAUCAACAACAAAUGAAUCUUGUUUCUGGAUUUCCGAUUUUGGGGUUCCUGUUGCAAUCAGUUCCAUCUGAGCAAUUGAAUUUGGAAACUCUUUCAGCUUUGAAACAUUUGUUCAAUGUUAUUUCAAAUUGUGGCUUGUCGGACUUUCUCAUAAAAGAUGCUAUAGCAGCCAUAUUUCUUAAUCCUCGUGUAUGGGUGUUCACCGAUUACAAAGUUCAGCGAGAACUAUAUAUGUUUUUAAUCCAGCAGUUCGAUAAUGAUCCAAGGCUGCUGAAGAGCCUGUGCAGGCUACCACGUGUCCUGGAUAUUAUACGCCUGUUUUAUUGGGAUAAUGCAAAAUGCCGUUCAUCUGGUGGAGGGAGGCCUCCCUUGCACCCUCUAACAAUAAAAGCUGUUGGACGGAGACCUAGUAAGGAAGAAAUACAUAAGAUUCGUCUUCUUUUGCUAAGCCUUGGUGAAAUGAGUCUUAGGCAAAGUAUCGAUGAACCAGAUGUUAAAGCACUUAUUGCCUUUUUUGAGACAAGCCAGGAUAUGGCAUGUGUUGAGGAUGUUCUCCAUAUGGUUAUACGUGCUAUCUCUCAGAAAUCACUUAUGGCAUCAUUUGUUGAACAGGUGAACUCCAUUGGUGGGUGUCAUGUAUUCAUAAAUCUUUUGCAGAGAGGACGCGAGCCAAUAAGACUACUUAGCUUGCAAUUCAUUGGUAGGCUUUUAGUUGGCAUUCCAGCUGAAAGGAAAGGACUGAAGAUUUUUAAUCUCACUGUUGGAAGAUCUAAAUCUCUGUCUGAAAUCAAUAGGAGGACCCAUUCAAGAAUACAGCCAAUUUCUUUUGCCAUUUCUGAUAGACUGUUUAGUUUUCCUCUAACAGAACAUUUAUGUGCCACUCUGUUUGAUGUUCUCCUUGGUGGUGCCAGCCCAAAGCAGGUAUUGCAGAAACAGAUUCAACCCGAACGACAAAAAAACAAGGGAAAUAGUUGUCAGUUCUUUGUUCCUCAGAUUUUGGUUCUGAUUUUCAAAUUUAUGUCCGGUUGCAAAGAUGUAUCUGCCCGUGUCAAAAUAAUUACAGAUCUCCUUGAUCUUCUUGACUCAAGUCUGUCUAAUAUUGAAUCAUUGAUGGAGUAUGGAUGGACUGCUUGGUUGGCAGCUUCAAUGGAGCUUGAAGUGGUGAAGCAAUAUAAACUUGAUACAGUUGAUCAAAGUGAAAGCAAAAUUAUCGAACAAAAUUCUGUGAGAGCAUUAUUCUGUGUUGUUCUUUGCUAUUGUUUAACUUCUAUCAAAGGUGGUUGGCAGCAUUUGGAGGAAACAGUUAAUUUCAUACUCAUGCAUUUUGACAAGGCUGGCGUAUCAUACCACUACUUUCUGCGGGAUAUUUUUGAGGAUUUGUUAGAGAAACUGGUCGAGUUGUCACAUCAGGAAAACAUUUUGGCAUCUCAGCCUUGUCGAGAUAAUACCUUGUAUUUCAUGAGAUUGAUUGAUGAGUUUCUUCUAUCUGAGAUUGAUCAUAAGCUUCCGUUUCCAGCAACUAGUUCAGAGUUUUCUCCAGAUCUGCUAGAACUUGAGGGUUUUAAUGAUCUAGGUGCUGCUCUGCAUGAUGCAUUGCAAGGAGAAUCUGCUGAAAGAACGUCUAGAAUUCCAGAAGUGUGCAAGCAACCUGCAACUAAUGAAGAAAUCAUAGCUGAUGAACACUGGUGGAUCCUGUAUGACAGUCUUUGGGCUGUUAUAAGUGAGAUGAAUGGGAAGGGCCCCAGUAAGCCACUUCCUAAAUCAACCUCUUUUGCUGCACCAUCCUUUGGACAAAGAGCACGUGGCUUGGUUGAAUCAUUGAAUAUCCCUGCAGCUGAAAUGGCUGCAGUAGUUGUGUCUGGAGGACUUGGGAAUGCACUUGGAGGAAAACCAAGCAAAAAUGUUGACAAAGCUAUGUUAUUAAGAGGUGAAAAGUGCUCAAGAGUAGUUUUUCGCUUGGUUGUCUUAUAUCUUUGCAGAGCAUCACUACAGAGAGCAUCUCGAGGUGUCCAGCAAGUGGUUCCACUUUUACCGUCUCUUUUGUUGGCUGAUGACGAGCAUAGCAAAAACCGGCUGCAGCUUUUCAUAUGGUCUUUACUGGCUGUCAGGUAUCAGUAUGGAAUGCUUGAUGAUGGCAAUCGUUUUCAUGUUAUAUCCCACUUGAUCAGAGAAACUGUCAACUGUGGCAAAUCGUUGCUUGCUUCUAGCAUAAUUAGUAGUGACGACUCAUCGGACCUUGGCAGUGCACCAUCAGAAAUGGGUGCUGUGCACAAUUUGAUUCAGAAAGACAGAGUACUUAUAGCGGCAUCUGAUGAAGCAAAAUUUAUUAAAUCGUUGAAGACAGAUCGCCUGAGACAGCUGGCUGACUUGCGGACUAGGAUUGAUGAAAAUGUAAUGGCAGAAUCUAGCCAGAAAAAGGCAUUUGAAAAUGAGUUGCAGAUCAUGUUAAGAGGAAUUCUUGCUUCAGAUGAUAGCAGGAGAGCUGCAUUCCAACUUGCUUGUGAUGAAGAACAACAAGUAGUUGCUGAAAAAUGGAUGCAUGUCUUCCGUUCUUUGAUCGAUGAACGAGGGCCAUGGUCUGCUAUGCCUUUCCCAAAUCGUGCUACAAGACAUUGGAAACUUGACAAGACAGAAGAUACAUGGCGUCGUAGACAAAAGUUAAGACAAAAUUACCAUUUUGAUGAAAAAUUAUGUCACCCUUCAUCCAGUGCUUCUGAAAAAGAAGCUGUAGUUGCAACUUGUGAAAACGAAUCUGGUGACGGUGUACCAAUUCCAGAACAAAUGAAGCGCUUCUUGCUAAAAGGAAUUCGUCGAAUUACUGAAGAAGUAUACCCUGAAGCCAGUGAAAGUGACAAUGAAUCAAGAUGCUCCAAGGAGAUCUGCUCUGAAGAGGUUCCAGAUGUUCUGACAUCAGUGCAGAUGAAAGAUGAUGAACAAAAGGGUGCAGUUCAAGAAAGGAAAGACACUCCUUCACCUGCCUUUGAAAUCGAUAGUGGCCAGGUUCUUGUGACUGUACCCUGCAUUAUGGUAUCUCCAAAGAGAAAGCUAGCUGGUCACUUGGCAGUGUUGAAAAAUGUCUUACAUUUCUAUGCUGAAUUUCUGGUGGAAGGCACUGCAGGCUCCUCAGUUUUCAGAACUUUUGAUUCUUUAAAGAAUUCUGAUUCAGAGAAAUCAGAUCAACCAAAUGAAGAUGAGAAGUUGAAAUUUCUGAGAUUGCCAUCAGAUACCAGUCUGGUUAUUGAGAAGCAUAAUUCUAUUGGUUUUUCGGAGAAGCAACUGAAAGGUAUCAAACGACAUCGGAGAUGGGAGAUCUCCAAGAUUAAAGCAGUGCACUGGACUCGCUAUCUACUUCAAUACUCUGCAAUUGAGAUUUUCUUCUGCAAUUCUGUUGCUCCAGUGUUCUUCAAUUUUUCUUCCCAGAAAAUGGCAAAAGAUAUUGGAAGCUUAAUAGUUACCACCAGAAAUGAGUUACUGUUUCCAAAGGGAAGUGCUAAAGACAGGACUGAGCCCAUCUCCUUUGUCGACAGACGUGUGGCCCAAGAGAUGGCUGAAAGUGCCAGGGAGAGGUGGAGAAGGAGAGAAAUCACCAAUUUUGAAUAUCUUAUGAUUCUGAAUACACUUGCUGGAAGGUCUUAUAACGACUUGACACAAUAUCCUAUAUUUCCUUGGGUAUUGGCUGAUUAUUCCUCUGAGACACUUGAUUACAACAAAUCUUCAACUUUUAGGGAUCUGUCAAAACCUGUUGGAGCUUUGGACCCGAAGAGAUUUGAGGUUUUCGAGGAUAGAUACCAAAAUUUUUCUGAUCCUGAUAUUCCCAGUUUCUACUAUGGUUCUCAUUAUUCAAGCAUGGGGAUUGUUCUUUAUUACCUCAUCAGGCUGGAACCAUUCACUGCGUUGCAUCGGAAUCUUCAGGGUGGUAAAUUUGAUCAUGCAGAUCGUCUAUUCCAAAGCAUUGAAGGCACAUUCCGCAACUGCUUAUCCAAUACGAGUGAUGUGAAAGAACUAAUUCCUGAGUUCUUUUACAUGCCUGAGUUUCUUGUUAAUUCAAAUUCCUACCAUAUGGGUAUUAAACAGGAUGGAGAACCUAUUGGUGAUGUUUGCCUUCCUCCGUGGGCCAAGGGAUCUCCAGAAGAAUUUAUUUACCAAAAUCGAGAGGCUCUAGAAAGUGAAUUUGUUAGCUCAAAUUUACAUCUGUGGAUUGACCUAGUUUUUGGCUUCAAGCAAAGAGGAAAACCAGCAGUUGAGGCGGCAAAUAUCUUUUACUAUUUGACUUAUGAAGGUGCUGUUGACCUUGAAAGCAUGGAAGACGAAUUGCAAAGAUCGGCCAUUGAAGAUCAGAUCGCAAAUUUUGGCCAAACCCCUAUCCAGAUUUUUCGUAAGAAGCAUCCAAGAAGAGGACCCCCAAUUCCAAUUGCUCAGCCUUUACGUUUUGCUCCUGGCUCUAUAAAUUUGACAUCAAUUAUCUCCAGCUUCAAUUAUACUCCAUCUGCUCUAUUAUAUGUAAAUGUGUUAGACUCUAAUGUUAUCCUAGUCAAUCAAGGUCUCAUGAUGUCUGUUAAGAUGUGGUUGACAACUCAACUGCAGUCUGGUGGCAAUUUCACAUUCUCUAGUUCACAGGAUCCAUUCUUUGAGAUUGGUUCUGAUCUCCUCCCUCCUCGUAAAAUAGGAAGUGCUUUGUCUGAAGCUAUUCAACUUGGAUCACAGUGCUUUGCUAAUUUACAAACACCUACGGAAAAUUUUUUGGUGUCUUGUGGCAAUUGGGACAAUAGCUUUCAGGUAGUAUCUUUGUCUGAUGGGAAAGUGGUUCAGAGCAUCAGACGCCAUAAAGAUGUGGUUAGCUGUGUUGCAGUCACCUCUGAAGGAAGUGUACUUGCUACUGGGAGCUAUGACACUACAGUGAUGGUGUGGGAAGUCUGUCGUUCUAGAAUGAUGGAAAAGAGAUUUCGGAGCAGUCAAAAUGAGAUUGUACGUAAAGAGUAUAUCAUUUCUGAGUCACCCUUUCAUGUUAUGUGUGGACACGAUGAUAUAAUUACAUGCUUAUACGUUAGCAUGGAGCUUGACGUAGUUAUCAGCGGAUCCAAGGAUGGAACUUGUGUUUUUCAUACUCUACGAGAGGGACGAUACGUAAGGUCUCUUCGCCAUCCAUCUGGCAGUUCAUUGACAAAACUUGUCGUAUCACGCCAUGGGCGGAUUGUGUUAUAUUCUGAUGAUGAUUUAAGCCUGCACCUUUACUCAAUAAAUGGAAAGCACAUCGCAAGUUCGGAGUCUUAUGGACGCCUCAGUUGUGUAGAACUCAGUUCUUGUGGUGAUUUUUUGGUUUGCGCAGGUGAUCAUGGACAAAUAGUUUUACGCUCUAUGAAAUCCCUGGAAGUAGUAGAAAAAUACCCUGGAAUAGGGAAGAUUAUAACAUCUCUCAGGGUUACUCCUGAAGAAUGUAUUUUGGCUGGCACAAAAGAAGGAAGCCUUCUAGUGUAUUCUAUAGAAAAUCCUCAACUGAGAAGACCUAGCCUCCCUCGGAAUACAAAAUCCAAAUCCUUAAUGGCAGGAUAGAUUCUAUCAGUGUAAGCAACAUUUGUUUUUAUUUAUGGUUGCUUCUCUGGUAAUAUUUGGAGACGACUGUUGGCUGUCCCUGGUAAAAUUGCAUCUCUGGUGGCCAUCAUUUGCGUUUUUGCUUGGAGUUUGUGUUCAUACAUAAAGAUAAAUUUAAUUGGAACAGUAGUAAAAACCGCUUCCCGAAAAAUGAAGGGAGCAAAUCAUGUCAUGUUAGAAGCGACUCAACAUCGAAGAACUCAAGACAUCUCCAAUUUUUCAAUUCCAAACAGGAUAUAUAUUAUAUUUGUAAACAAAAACAAUAAGUAAAUUAUACUUGUAACAGAGGCUUUGGAAACUUUAGCGAUAAAAAAUGGUACAUAUUUAAAGUAACCCAGGACAAUAAUAAUUACUCAUUCAUCCCUAGGCGAAAGCUUUUCUAUUUUGGUGUAUCCUCAAUUAGCUCCCUUUUAUUUUUUUUUUAGCAAUGGAUUUAUUUCUUUUUCUUUUAAUUUUAUUUACAAAUUUAUUUUCUUUCUUCCUUUUACCCUUAAUUUUUUUACCAUAUAUAAUGUUUUUUUGUCAUGUUUCUUCAACUACAAAUAUUUUUACACUAAGAGUUUUGGAUGUUUUCUCACAAAGAUUGAGGGAGUACGAAGUAAUACAACCAAGCAAUCAUAAUCCGUCAAAAGCUGUAAGAUGUUUUCUCACAAAGAUUGAG